ACUAAAAUUUUCGCUUAAAAACCAAAAUUUUACCGGUCGAGACUCGAGAGACUAAUUAAAAAUUCAAUAUCACGAGUACAACUGACACUGAGCGUCACGCUUGGCUCCCUAUUGCUCUCCUGUAAUCUUUGGAGGUUUGACAAGGUGUGGUUGAUGAGCGUGUUUACAUGUCGGUUUGCUGUGCUGUUCAUAAUUUCAAGAAAAAUUCAAACUUAUGAACUAUUCUACAAAUUUUUUGCUUCUUGCUGUGCCUGUCAUCUCUAUUUAUCAUCUAUUUAUGUCUCACCAGGAAUUCCAAAGAAGAGCAACAGCAUAAAUUUUUCAACUGAUAAUCUCCCUCCGAUCUCUGCAUAUCCAGUCUCUGUUUCAAAAUGCGUUCUGUCGCUAGCUUUGGACUCCUAGCUGUACUGUCUCUAGAACUGUUUUCACUCUUUGUGUCAGUGGAUGGCAUCAAGUGUUGGGUGUGCCGCUCCGACAACGAUCCAAAAUGUGCAGAUCCAUUUGACAAUUCAACACUACCAAUCACAGAUUGCAAAGAGCAACCAUACCUAGAUCACAUUCCAAAUGUAAAGUCUACCAUGUGUCGAAAAGUUCGUCAGAAAGUCAAUGGAGAAUGGAGGUAUAUUCGAAGCUGUGCAUACCUUGGAGAACCAGGGAUCGGAGGUGAUGAACGGUACUGUUUGAUGAGAACUGGCUCCUUUAAUAUUUUUAUCGAAUAUUGCACAUGCAAUACUAAAGAUGGAUGCAACUCUUCUUCUUCAAUAAUGCCAACACUUUUUGUGGUUGCUGCUUCUAUUCUAUUUGCAAAAAUACUCUUUUAGACUCCAUUCAGGUACCUAGCCUCCAGUAUCUGGAUUUUUCUUUACCUAAAUGAAUCAAAAAUAUGUGCUGCUGGCUACAAUAAUCUCGUAAACUGCAUUUUUGUUUGUAUUUUAUCUGUUACCUCCCGCAGUAGACUGAUUGAUCCUUUUUUAAUUAGACAUUCCUCAGCUAGGGAGACAAAAAAAGUGAAUGUGUAAAAAUGUAAGAGUGGGUGAAUCAAAUUGGCAUUGAAUAUUCUCCCGAACUCAAAUCUUGAACCUUAAAUGGCUUGAAUGUUUGUCUACCUAGACUGUAUCCAGAUAUGUUAUCUGUAUUUACUUUUAUAUUUUUUGCACUUAGACCUCAAUUUUGGGGAUGAAAAUGUAAUGGCCACAAAAUAUUAAAGUGCCUAUAGGGGCUCUUCCUUCUCUAUGAGGAAAUUUAGCAUUUCUAAGGAGACACAGAAAGGAAUCAAAGGGUCUGCUCUCUCAUAUCACUCAACAAUAUCACUAGCUUAUAACCUUUCAAUUCAGCCCUGCACCUAGAUGUGGAAGAUAUGAUAGGAAUAAAGUUCAGGGUAUACUUCUCCUCUCAACUUCAUGUUCAACUGCUUUUCUUUCCACCAUAGUUUUUUUUUUUUUUUUUUUUUUUUUUUUUUUACCUCUUUUUAGAAUCCUCUGCUUUUUACAGAUUCCAACGUAGGUGAUUACACUGCAAAUCAGGCAUGUUAAGACAUUCAGAUUGCUAAAAAAAAUCAUAAAAUGUUUAUAUGAAGCCAAUUUUUUAACUGAAAGUUUUUAGGGAGCUCAACAUUCAGUCAUUUCAAAUAUAUGAGCCCUGGAUAGUUAUAACUGAAGUCAAUAAUUAUUCAUGGAAAUAAUACAUUUGAACUUGAUAGAGUUGAGCUCUCACAACUAUCCCUUUUUUUUAAAGCUGCAGGCAGAAUAGUGCAAUGCAGGAGUGCAGAGAAUACCAUAAUGCCAGCUGCUUUCUGCGAUCUAGCACAAUUUACUCAUGACAAAAGUAUUCAAGUUUCCACCGAAUUUUUGAAAACUCUUUUAAAAACAAAAUCUUUACUUUUUAAAAACUUCCCUAAACCGCCCACUGUGCCUUGUGUUUGCUGCAAUCUGCAAAUCACAAGAUUUGGCAUAUUCUGCAUUCCGAAUGGGUUGCACAUUAAAUCAAGAACUACCCUUAUAUAAGUAAAUAUGGUAAAUGUAUUAAGACUGAUCUGUAUCGAAGAUUUCUGUGUUUUUUUUUUCUUUUUUACAAAUAGUUUUUGUCUUCACAUCUUAGUUUAAGAACUUACGUUUGUUUAUCUUCCCUUUACUGUAACUUGUGAGGGAUCAUUUUUAUUGCCUUCUAAAAACCAAAAUUCAUCAAAUUGAAAGCAACGUCAAUGAUAAAACUAGUGCAGUUAAAUAAGGGGUGAAGUAACGCCAGUCAAAAUGUCUUCUAAAAACAGACAGAGCUGAAACUUUUUUUUCAGCCUUCACCAUCACCAAGAAUGUACACUCAAGCCUUGAUAUACUUUUGCAGUGCACUUGUAAAAAAAAUUGGCGCCUCCUCAAAAAAUUCGCCGAAAAUCUGUCCUUCUAAAACUGUGCAAUUGCCAAAAAUUAACUCAAAAGACAGGGUGUUGAAGUUGUGACUCAAAUCAGCAUACUGUUAUGAUUUUGUAUUUAUGAGCUCGGAUUGAAUGUCUCUAGUUCGAAUACGAGGAUAGAUUUUAAAGUAAGUUUGCCAAUUUUAUAUACCAGCCUCAAGUGGUGGUUAGGCUGUUUGCUGACAGGUUUUGAAGGAUACUUUAAAAUCUCAUCAAAAUCAUCAUGACUGUAGAUAACCGUACCUCUCCAAUACUCCGUUUAUUGCUCUGUCUGUCACUUUCCGUUCAUACUUUUUUACUUCCCAUGCACCAUAAAAUUUCACACAAACAAUGAAUGUACUUAGGUGUUUUAAAUUACAAGGUUUUCAGGCAUCUUAACUUACUCUUCGACACAGUCACCUCCCAAAUUUUACACUUGCCAUAACAGUGCAGCAACUUAUAUGUAAAAUAGACGAUCAAGUUUAUCACAAAGAUGAUUUUGAUACAGAUUAUACUUGAGAUGAUCCUCUUCUUUUGUGCAAAAGUUGUUACACUGUUGUGGUAAAGGCAAAAACUGGAAGGUGGAUGGAUCAAAGAGUUAGUUAUAACGUCUGAAAUAAGCAUGCCUCUGUUGAUAUCUUUGAAGCACUCACAUUAUUGUUCGUGUGAAGUUUCUCAGUGAAAUGAAAACUUCUGAAGGAAAGUUGACAGACAGAAGUUUUAGAGAGGUUUUAUCCACAGUCACAAUGAUUUUAAUGAGAUUUUUAAGUAUCCUUCAUAACAUGUCAUUGCUGGGGAAAUUUCUGAACUCUGUUGACAGAAUACUGACUUUUUGAAAAGAAAAAUUGGAUCUCAAAGGCAAGUAAUAAAAUCAACAAUAUAAUCAACACUUGCAUUCCUUUUUGCCUACCAUGCAUAUUUACUGCCCACAAUUGCCACGAACGAUCUUAGAACUGUUACAACGUGAAAAAUCUGCAUCCCUGCAUACAGAUAGCUCUGUUUAGAAAAUGCACUGUUUUCUAAAGUGGUCACAAAGUGAUAUUUUUUUUGUAACUAGAUAUCGUAGAUCUUUUGUAACAGUUACACUUCAUGUGGAAUUUUGAUUAUUGCAACUUUUGGAGCAGCAAAAAAAAAAAAACAUUACACCAAAAUAUUAUUUGCUUUGUUUUUUGAAAAGCACUUAUGCCUAUUCACCAUUAAUUUUAAUCAGAGGCAUUUUGCAUCAAGUCAAAGUUACAAUGUCACAGCCAGUAAGUGUCAGUCAUCUAAACAAAAAUCUUUGAUUAGUUAAACUGAUCAACAGGGAAAACCAAAAACUAAUUUCAUGACAUACUUGAAACAUUAAGUUAUGCCCUGUCUCUACUUACGUUGUAUAAAUAAGUGUAGUUCUGAAAAUUCCAAGUCAGUUCCCAUCUUAUUGAGUCAUCUCAACAAUAUUGAAGGGGGAAAAAGCAGAAAAAUUAGAAUGCACCUUGCCAGUUCUGAAUCUCAUUGGUUGCCCCUUUUACUAUUCUACUCCACUUACUCCACUGUGUAAUUUGUUCAUCUAACUAAUCUUCAAUUUUGAUCUCUCUCUGUAGAUUAAGAAUGAUCAAUCACUGUAACCCUCGACUUAUUCUCUUGAAAGGAGACAAUAAAUUGAUCAAAUUUAUUCUUAGAUUGCUUCAUUCAACACUGAUCAAUCUCUACUAU